CACCGGUGAGCUGCUAGUCAACACUUGCUAGAAACAAGCCAGUCAUUUUGCUUUGCAUUUCAUUGUACGAAUUACAAAAAGUUGUUUUUAAAAAUCAGAAACAAUAUGGGUCCUGGUUUUGACUUUACCGACACUCCUGUCAGCACUGGCACCACCAUUAUGGCUGUGGAAUUCGAUGGCGGCGUUGUGAUCGGUGCCGAUUCUCGCACCAGCUCGGGCGCCUAUGUUGCCAAUCGUGUCACCGACAAGUUGACCCAAAUUUCAGAUAAGAUCUACUGCUGCCGCAGUGGCUCUGCUGCCGAUACCCAGGCAAUUGCCGACAUUGUAGCCUACUCGCUGAACUAUCACCGGAACCAGACCAGCAAGGAGCCCCUCGUGUGGGAGGCCGCAUCCGAGUUCCGUAACUUUUGCUACAACUAUCGGGAUUCGCUGUUAGCUGGCAUCAUUGUCGCCGGCUGGGAUGAGGAGCGUGGCGGUCAGGUGUACAGUGUGCCACUGGGUGGCAUGUUAACACGCGAAUCUUGCACCAUCGGCGGGUCGGGUUCGAGCUUCAUCUACGGAUUUGUUCGGGAGCAUUAUCGUCCCGGCAUGCCCAAGGAAGAGUGCAUUGAAUUUGUCAAGAAAGCUGUGCAACACGCCAUUUUCCACGAUGGCAGCUCCGGCGGCGUCGUUCGCAUUGGUAUCAUCGACAAGGAUGGCAUUGAGCGUCGUCUGUUCUAUAACACGGAAUCUGGGGAGUCGAAGAUUGCGGGCUCACAAAGCUUUAUAAACUAACUAUAGAAAUUAAUAUGGAAUGGAUUCUAAAUUCAGAUCAGCUUACACUCGUCAAGGAAUAACAAAAAUAAUAAUUUGGUUUUUAUAACUGUAA